AUGAGCGGAUCUAUCGAUGUCAUCACUCAUUUUGGGCCUGAUGCAGACAAGCCGGAAAUCAUCACUGCAUUAGAGAAUUUAACUAAACUGCAUGCAUUGUCCGUCGAGGAUCUAUACAUUAAAUGGGAGCAGUUCUCCAAUCAAAGGCGUCAAACUCACACAGAUCUGACUUCCAAGAACAUAGAUGAGUUUAAACAAUUUUUACAAUUACAAAUGGAAAAGCGUGCUAACCAAAUUUCAUCGUCCUCUAAGGUAAACACAUCCACAAAAAAACCAGUGAUUAAAAAAAGUUUGAAUUCAAGUCCCUUGUUUGGCCUUAGUAUUCCAAAGACUCCGACUUUAAAAAAAAGAAAGUUACAUGGUCCCUUUUCACUCAGUGAUUCCAAGCAAACAUAUAAUGUAGGCUCUGAGGCAGAAACAAAUGAAAAAGGAAAUAGUUCUUUAAAAUUGGAGUUUACUCCAGGCAUGGCAGAAGAUGCUGUGGGUGACAGUGCUCCAUUGUCCCACGCUAAAAGCUCGGAUGCCAAGACUCCCGGCUCGUCGACAUUCCAAACUCCAACAACAAACACUCCUACCACAUCGAGGCAAAAUGUUCCUGCUGGUGAAAUUUUGGAUUCUUUGAACCCUGAAAAUAUUGAAAUAUCAUCUGGUAAUCCAAAUGUAGGCCUUCUUUCGACUGAAGAACCAUCAUAUAACCAGGUCAAAGUAGAACCAUUUUAUGAUGCUAAAAAGUAUAAAUUCAGAACAAUGAGGCAAAACUUACAGGAAGCGUCUGAUGUCCUCGAUGAUCAAAUUGAAUCGUUUACUAAGAUUAUUCAAAAUCACUAUAAGUUAUCUCCAAACGACUUCGCUGAUCCAACUAUUCAAUCUCAGUCCGAAAUUUAUGCUGUUGGAAGGAUAGUUCCAGAUUCGCCGACCUACGACAAGUUUUUGAAUCCAGAAUCGCUUUCCCUAGAGACCUCAAGAAUGGGCGGCGUUGGAAGAAGGGUAAGGUUAGAUCUAUCGCAGGUCAACGAGCUUUCGUUUUUCUUAGGCCAAAUUGUGGCAUUCAAAGGUAAAAAUGCUAAUGGGGAUUACUUCACCGUUAACUCUAUUUUGCCGCUACCUUAUCCAAACUCCCCAGUGUCCACAUCGCAGGAACUGCAGGAGUUUCAAGCAAAUUUGGAAGGUUCUUCUUUGAAGGUUAUCGUGACCUGUGGCCCAUACUUUGCAAAUGAUAACUUCUCCCUCGAAUUGUUGCAAGAAUUUAUCGAUAGUAUAAAUAAUGAGGUAAAACCUCACGUCUUGAUAAUGUUUGGCCCAUUUAUAGAUAUCACCCAUCCUCUGAUAGCGAGUGGUAAAUUGCCAAAUUUUCCCCAGUUCAAGACACAGCCCAAAACAUUGGACGAGCUUUUUUUGAAGUUAUUUACUCCUAUUCUAAAAACCAUAUCACCACAUAUCCAAACCGUAUUGAUACCCUCCACAAAAGAUGCAAUUUCUAAUCACGCCGCAUAUCCACAAGCUUCUUUAAUUAGAAAGGCUUUACAGCUGCCUAAAAGGAACUUCAAAUGCAUGGCUAAUCCUUCAUCUUUUCAAAUAAAUGAGAUAUACUUCGGUUGCUCAAACGUUGAUACAUUCAAAGAUCUAAAGGAAGUCAUAAAAGGCGGUACUACCUCAUCAAGAUAUAGAUUAGAUCGUGUUUCUGAGCAUAUUUUACAACAGCGCAGGUAUUACCCCAUAUUUCCAGGUAGUAUUCGUACAAGAAUAAAACCAAAAGACGUAUCUACGAAGAAGGAAACCAAUGAUAUGGAAAGCAAAGAAGAAAAAGUUUAUGAACAUAUAUCUGGUGCAGAUUUAGACGUGAGUUAUCUGGGACUAACAGAGUUUGUUGGUGGGUUCUCGCCUGACAUAAUGAUUAUACCCAGUGAAUUACAACACUUUGCAAGAGUUGUCCAAAACGUAGUUGUUAUAAAUCCCGGAAGAUUUAUUAGAGCAACAGGUAACAGGGGAUCCUAUGCACAAAUUACUGUCCAAUGCCCUGAUCUUGAAGACGGGAAAUUGACGCUUGUUGAAGGUGAAGAGCCAGUUUAUCUACACAACGUGUGGAAGCGCGCUAGAGUUGACUUGAUUGCUAGUUGA